AUGUUCAUACCUGAAGCCGAGCUUCCUUUGUGGAUCAUCUGCUACGUUCCUAUAUUCAUUUCCCUUCUCAACAUCCUCCCCUCACCUAAAUCUUUCCCUUUCUUAAUCCCUUACCUCCUUUUUGAGAACACAAUGUCUAUAACCAAGUUCAAUGCCAUGAUCUCCGGGUUGUUCCAACUUGGAUCAGCUUACGAGUGGGUUGUGACCAAAAAGACUGGGAGAUCAUCUGAAUCUGACUUGCUAGCGUUUGCUGAAAAGGAAGAGAAGUUGCAUAGGAGAAACUCGGAGUCAGGUUUGGAGCUUUUGAGCAAACUCAAGGAGCAAGAGAUGAACCUUGCUGAACAAGAAACACCGAAGAUGACCCUUGGAGGGCUGAUAAGGCCGAAGAACAAGAUCAAGAAGAGGAACAUGGUGUUCAAGAAAGAGCUGGCACUAGCGUUCUUGCUUUUAACUGCAGCUGCAAGGAGCUUUUUAUCAGCACAUGGUCUUCACUUCUACUUCUUGCUGUUUCAGGGGCUGUCUUUCUUGGUUGUAGGGUUGGAUUUGAUCGGAGAACAGAUCAACUAA